AUGUGGACCACUGUAACCUCGGCUUUAUCGGAUGGUAUAAAAGAGUUCAAGGCUGCUUUCGAUGAGGAUUCAGACGAUUAUCAGGAAGAAAUUCAACAUGGAACAAAUCACUCAGAGAUCUUAUCCAGCCCAGAGAUCGUGCCUAAAACGGGAGUCCCACGUGGGCAGGAUGAACUGGAGCCGCAGGAUGCACAGGAUGGAAUUCAGGAUCGGGGGGAGUUGAACGAAAAGGACAGACGGAACGACAGACGUGAUGAGGGGUACGACCCUCUGAUACACUCGUCUGAGGAGCUGCUGAGACCUGAUUUCCCGGUUAAAAGGUCUGCUACCAUGGAUCAAUCGUCUUCAUGGGAGUUUUUAAUGCAAGAAAACGAACUUCGAAGGUUGAAACAGGAGAUUGACGUGUUGAAGGCUAAGAACGAAGAAUUGGAGAAAAGAGUCAAGGAGCUUACGGAAGUGCGUCAAGUCGACACGAGUUCUGAGUUGAAGGAGGAGAAUCGGCUAUUGAAAAAGACAAUGGCGCAGUUGAUGGACCGCUUAGCCGACCUCGAAGUCGGUACGUGA